GACAAUGACAUCAUACAUAGAUGAUUUUUACCUGGCAGAAGCCAAAAAAGAAAUUGGAAAUGAUCUAUACAAAGAGAAAAAUUAUCAUGGAGCCCUACAACAAUAUUCAAAAGCCAUCGUCCUAUAUCCAGAUUCUUCAUCUUACUAUGGAAACAGAGCCGCCUGUUAUAUGAUGCUUUUUCAAUAUAAAAAUGCUAUGGAAGAUGCAAAAAAAGCAGUUGUGCUCGAUCCAAAUUUUGCUAAAGCAUAUCUUCGCAUUGCAAAAUGCAGCAUAUUGUUAGGCGAUUUUACUGUAUUCGACAAAGCUAUUGAAAAGGUGAAAAAAAUUGACCCCACCUCAAAUGAGGAGGUAAAUGUUUUGACUGCGUUGCGACAACAAGAGAAGAAAUAUGAAGAGUAUUUCCGAAAAAAAGACUUCAAAAGUGCUCUGAAUUGUAUUGAUAAAGCUCUCAAUGACAUCCCCACAUGUGAUAGAUAUAAAGUCCGAAAAGCUGAAUGUCUCGCUUCACUGGGCUGUUACCAAGAAUCGCAAAAAAUCUCAAGCGACAUUCUUAUGUUUGACAAAUCCAACAUCGAUGCCAACUACGUUCAUGGAAUAUGCUUGUAUUAUCAAGCAAAUAUUGAUGAAGCUCUUAAACAUUUUCAACGCGUCUUAAAACUAGCACCCGACCACGUUCAAGCUAUGAAUAUUUACAAAAAGACUCGUUUAUUAAUACAAAAGAAAAAGGCCGGAAACGACGCCUUCAAUGCUGGUAAAUUACAAGAAGCUCACACUUUGUACACAAAAGCAUUAGAUGUCGAUCCCCAAAACAAAGCCUUCAAUUCGAUAUUGCACUUUAAUAAAGCCACAGUGUUAUCAAAACAAAAUAAAUUAGUACAAGCCAUAGUAGAAUGUAUGUGUGCUCUCGAAUUUGAUGAAAAUUACCUAAAAGCACUGUUAAGGAAGGCCAAAUGUUACGGUGAGUUGGGCUUUUGGAAAGAUGCGGUCAUGGAUUAUGAAAAAGCAUACAAAAUGAAUCAAACAACAGAGAUCGAACGUUUGCUAAAUGAAGCUAAAGUUGCUUUGGAAAAAAGCAAACCGCAAAACUAUUAUAAAACACUGGGAAUUCCGAAAAAUGCGACGAAUGAUGAGAUUAAAACCGCUUACAGGAGACUAGCCAAAGUGUACCAUCCUGAUCGCUACGCGCACGCGUCGAAUGCCAUACGCAAAGAACAAGAGAAGAAAUUCAAAGAGGUCGGCGAGGCGUACGACACAUUAUCAGACCCCCAAAAGCGAUACCGUUACGACCAGAACCAAGACUUCGAUGAGAUAAGCGACCACAAAAAGUAAGCAGACUUCUUCUUAACCGGAGGAAACUUUGAAAAUGCUGGUGGAUGCCCAAGAAAUCCCUCCUUCUAAAUUUAUACAUAUGCAUCUGUAUGCAGUGAAACCUGUUUUUGUGCCGUCAAUUUUCAUUCGACUUUAAUUUUGUGCGAUU